GAAGUGUCAGAAACCAGUUUGACAUCGAUCCGGCUUGAAUUUUAAUAAGGCUGUCGGUAUUUGAAUUUUGUCGGGGGAUUUCCACACGCAAUCUCCAUUGUUCCAUCUUUGGUGCUAAACCAGCGAAACAAAACAUAACUUCGCAUACUCUUUGUUCGGUGCAAUGUCUGAAAAGCCCCGCGUACUAAUCCUUGGAGGAUGUGGCUUUAUCGGUCGACACUUGGUCGACUUCUUGGUGAAGAACGAGUUAGCUUCCGAAAUCCGCGUUGUGGAUAAGACCCCACCCCAGAUGGCCUGGCUGAAUAAAACCCACACGAAUGCCUAUGAGAAUCCACUUGUUGAGUUCUGCAGCGCUAAUUUGAUUAAUCCAGUUUUUUGUAAGAAGGCAUUCGCAGCACCAUCGUCUGGAACAUGGGACAUUGUGGUAAAUUGUGCGGCAGAGAAUCGCCCCAAUCAAAGUGAUGCGGUAUACAAAGAAGGGAUCUACAAGUUAAGUGUAAACUGCGCCAACGAGGCCGCACAAAUCGGUGCCAAACGUUAUAUUGAGCUGAGCUCAGGUAAUAUUGCAUCCAGUGAAAAAACUGCACUUGCAGAGAAUUGUAAAACCGAUCCAUGGACAAGCUUGGCCAAAUUUAAACUUAAAGUCGAAAAAGAAUUAUCUUCGGUGCCAAAAUUGAACUAUACUGUACUUAGACUACCGAUCGUUUAUGGGGUAGGCGAUACGCGGUGGUUAACACCUCGUAUUAUCAUUUCCGCCUUGUACAAAUAUUUGGGCGAAACAAUGAAACUUUUAUGGAACGAAAGCAUGAAGUUGAAUACUGUCCACGUAGGCGAUGUUGCUGCUGCUGUGUGGGAGUUGGCACAAAAUCCAAAAGCUAGUGGUCAAAUUUAUAAUAUUGUUGAUGAUUCAGAUUCAACGCAGGGAUCUAUUAGUGACAUACUGGCAGAUAUUUUUGGAAUCAAUGUCGACUACUGGGGCGUAACCAUAUCGAACAUAACCAAGGUAAACAUGUCGGAUGUGAUUGGCGAAAUAAACGACAAACAUAUGGGACCAUGGGCCGAACUUUGUCAAAAAGACGAAGUUUACAAUACACCUCUCACACCGUAUAUGGACGAGGAGCUUCUUUACCACAAACACUUGAAUCUUGACAACUCAAAGUUAAAAUCUCUGAACUAUGAGCUUCGUGUGCCUAAAAUAACAGCUGACCAAGUGAAGGAAAUCAUUCUGGACUAUGCAGAUCGAAAACUUUUCCCCCAAUCACUUGUGAUGACUUAGGAAUUCCAUAUUUUACUGGCAGACAUCAUUUUACUUUAUUAAGUUGAAAGUAAAACGCAUGCAAUGCAAUUUCCACAUGCAUAUCAAUUUUAACUAUAUGUGUAAAGGAAUUUAUUACGAGGAUAUUACCGAGAACUGAAAUGAGAAGUUCAUUGGGACUACUAUUACUUAGAAUUAGAAUUGAUGAUAAAUAAUAAAUGUUUCCAAUUAAAUGCUGUGACAUAGAUUCUCAUGAGUAACAUUUAAAGAACCGAGGACUGAGUACUUAUGUAAAACUUUUUAAAUAAAACGUGAAAAUGAUGUGCCUAAUUUCUAUAAAAUAAUUUUAUUAGAUUCAUAAGUACUAUCAAAAUUUAUAAAGGUCUCAUUUAUACAGUCGUUGUAUUGUUAUACAUGAUGAUAAUAAAGAUAUAAGCAAACCUCAACAAGGCAA